AUGGCUUCAACAUAUUAUGACGAUGCCAAGCGUUUUACCUCUCGUGAAUCGAUUGGAGCAUCCGAAGAGUAUUCAAAACCAGUGUACGAACUCGAACCCGAUCCAUCUGCAAAACAAUUAUCAGCGGUGACGCCACAUCCAUUCAGUCGAUCGAUUGAAGGAAUGACACCGCACGAAGUGGUGCCCACGACCCGUCGUAUCAUCAUCGUACGAAAUACGACAGAUCCACAGGAUGAACAAGGAAAACCGAUUGACACGAGCGUAUCUAGCCAAUCAAAAUCACUGGAAUUUUCACCGAGAAUAACUGAUGGGCGAACAUCUGUCUAUAUCAUUCGACGAAAGAUUCCACCGGAAGAUGAGAAAAAUCCAACAAGUUAUUAUCCACCGGUAGAAGGCUCAGUGCAAAAUUCAUCUACACCUCUUGAAUACAUACACACACCUCCUCCAAAUCCAUACUCUCUUGGAUCGCGCACGCUCAGUCCUUACCAUUCACCGACUAAAGAUCCUGCACAGGCUAUAAUAGGAAAUCUAUUAAUUAUAUAUACUAUAAUUCGUGACAAUACAUUACAUACAUCUAAAUAUUAUUAUAUUUCAUCAUUGGCAUUUGCUGAUUUCUUAGUUGGAUUCAUAGUUAUGCCAUUUGCGUUUCUAUUUGAAAUGACCAAUGAUGAAUAUUGGUUGUUUGUGCGGCAUCUGAGAGUUUUUUGCGAUUUUUGGCAUUCGAUGGAUAUAUUUGCAUCAACAGCAUCAGUACUUGCACUGUUAGCGAUCGGAAUAGAUCGAUACACGGCUAUUACAAAACCAAUUGAAUAUUCUAAUUCAUUUAUAUCAAAAAAAUGGUAUUAUAUAUCGUCAUUUAUAUGGAUAUUUUCAGCAAUCUUAUCGUUUCCAGUAGUUUUUUAUCUUCGAACAGAACAAACAUUGUCUCAACGAUCAUCGAUGUCAAAUGAAACAAUAUCGGCACAAUUGUUACCAUCUAAUGAAUGCAACUUUCCGAAUAACCCCCAUUAUGUAUUAUUUACAUGUAUUAUAUCAUUUUAUCUCCCAUUAAUUGCUAUGAUUUAUGUUUAUAUUCGAAUGUAUUCGAUAGCUCAAAAACAAGCACAAGCGCUGCGCUCUGGUUACAAGCAUCAUUAUCAAAUAAAAUCCCCAAAGCCAUUCAUCUCAGAAUUUCGUUCUGAGAAAAGAUCAAGAAUAGAGACAACAGUAGAAACCAAUGAUAAUGCCGCACAUAAAACAUUACCUAUGUUAUCAAAAAAUCGUAAACCGUCAUAUGAAUUAAUAACACUUCGUAUUCAUCGUGGUACAUGUCAAAACUCAAAUAUAGAACCGUUCAACCAGAAUAACGGAAAUGAAUCGAAAUCAAUUAAUAAGAAUUCAAAAGAAUGUGCACGAAAAAACAAAAUUCGGAAAAAAAAUUCGAACGAUCAAAAGGCAGCUAAAUUCGUUGGUAUCGUUAUGGGUACAUUUAUUGUUUGUUGGUUACCAUUUUUUGUUUAUCUUGCAUUAAGUGGUGUAUUUGAUAUACGUUUAAAAGACGAUCAAAAUCAUAAAUUAUUAUUCAGCAUAUUUUCAUGGUUAGGAUAUGCAAAUUCAGCUUUGGACGUUGUUGUUUACCUUUCGACAUCGAGAGAAUUAAGAGCUAUAUUUUUUAAAUUAUUUUUUAAAUCAUGUCUUUGA